GUUGCUUAUAGUACAUUCCCUCCUAAUUGUGGGACGCCACCCCUUGUUAGUGUGGAUGUAUGUUUGUAUGAAGAUGUUGAAAGUUAUAAGAAUAAGUGCCAUUUUAGCAUCUAUAUUUUGAUUUAAAACUAGCCCGAAAGAAUGAGCAUAAACGUCGCAUGGAAGAGGAAAUACAUUAUAGCCCAUUCUUCCAUGUCGCAUUAUAGCCCAUUCAAGUGCCAUACUGGUUUUCGAUGACUCUGCAUUCGUCCAUUCAAGGAUUAUCAUAGUCCUCACGGGACACACUGUUUGAUAAGUACCCCAGAAUUCAGUUUGAAUGACAUGUUGAAAGAGAUCGACAGUCUGUUUUUAACGUGGUGAGAUUUGCUCGAAUAAAAGCAGUAAAUGAGCAAGAACAAAUGAAGCCUAGCAGUACAAGGGAGUCAGGAUUUGAUGUAUGCUGUGCUGUGACGCAACACCAUUUGUGAGUCUAGAAGCAGCCACAGUUGGUGAAAUACAAGAACCCCAAAACAGUCGAUGCAUCAACUUGUAAGGAAGAACGUCCAGGAGAGAACCAAGCUGGAUGACGUGGCAAUAAUUUCAGAAGAAGAUAGUCAACUGCUUUGCUGGAAGUAGCGACAACAGACAUGUCUUGCAAGAUACUGAAUGUGCUGAUCUUCUUGGAAAUACUUCAUGGUUUGGUGAACGGUAAAGCAAAGGUGACACUUCGGCUGAAAAAGUUUGUCAAUACAAAUGACAAGCUCUGGGAAGGGAGCAGCUGUGAUGGCCUAUUUGGUGGCGCAUGUGAAAAUGAAUUUGAAAUCUGUGUCAAAGGCUUUCCUCCUCUGCCGAGUUCUUUCAGCAGCUGUAUGUAUUACAAAAAGACGUCAUCUUUUACCGGAACUACAGUUGAUUUUGAGGGAAUUUCGACUGGGAUAGACAGAGACAUUGUCCUCAACUUCGACACAUAUUCGGGUAUGGGAUUCUUCAUGAAGAUUAUGGAUUACGACAGCUUUAGCUCCCGGGACCAUGUUGAUGAUCAUGCUUACGGGGAGGCGUUCGUACCUGGUUUUAAUGGUCAAGUCUUGAAGUACACACGAAUGUCCCAAGGAAGAAGACCUAGCUCAAAGUCAACACUCAGUUUCACUGUUCAAGCUUCGUGUCUUCAAUAUUAUUACGAUAAUACAUGUAGCACGUAUUGCAAGCCUGCGGAUGACAGCACAGGCCACUACACUUGCAAUGCAACUGGGAACCGUGUAUGUCGAAGCAACUGGUACCAAUUACCAAAUUGUCUGAAAUACUGCGCUCCUCAGGAUGAUGACACGAGUGGGCAUUACACAUGCGAUAGUGGAGGAGAUCGCAUCUGCCGGCCUAAAUGGUACAAUUUACCUAUGUGCAAGACGUUUUGUGAAGCACAAGAUGAUGACGCGAAUGGUCACUACACAUGUGACUCAUCAGGUCAACAUUUGUGCCGUCCAAAUUGGCACAGAUUACCCAAAUGUGACAUUUAUUGCAAAGCAAGUAAUGAUUCUAUAAAUGGUUACUAUUCUUGCUCUAACAACGGAACACGUAUUUGCCACAAAAACUGGUACAAUCACCCAAAAUGUGACAAAUAUUGUAUUCUAAAAAAUGACACUGACGGGCAUUACAGUUGUGCAGACAAUGGAACUCAUGUAUGUCUACCAAACUAUUAUAAUGCCCCCAAUUGCACAAAAUAUUGUAAACAAAAUAACGAUAGCAUUACUGGUCAUUAUACUUGCGACAAUAAUGGCGUCAGAGUGUGCAGACCAGGUUGGUUUAAGGCUCCAAAUUGUACUAGGCAUUGUAUUCCCCAAGAUGAUGAUAUAAACGGUCAUUUUACUUGCAGAAAUGAUGGAGAAAAGAUUUGUAGAACUAACUGGUUUAAGAAGCCCGAAUGCAAUGUGUACUGCGAGUCUAAGAACGAUACAAUUGACGGCCAUUAUAAGUGCGAUGAGAAUGGAUCACGUGUUUGUUUGCCAGGUUGGCACAAUACGCCAAACUGUACAGAUCAUUGUGUUCCCCGAGAUGAAGACUAUGGCCACUAUAUUUGUACGAAAAAUGGGACUCGAGAGUGUAGAGAAGGUUGGUAUACAGAGCCUAACUGUACAGUCUAUUGUGUCCCAAAAAACGACGAUAUUAACGGACACUAUCGUUGCUCUUCUAAUGGAUCACGUGCUUGCAUGCCCGGCUGGUACAAUGCGCCAAACUGUACAGAUCAUUGUGUUCCCCGUGAUGAUGACUAUGGUCAUUAUAUUUGUACGACAAAUGGAACUCGAGAGUGUAGAGAAGGUUGGUAUACAGAGCCUAACUGUACAGUCUAUUGUGUCCCAAAAAACGACGAUAUUAACGGACACUAUGAUUGCUCUUCUAAUGGAUCCCGUGUUUGCAUGCCCGGCUGGUACAAUGCGCCAAACUGUACAGAUCAUUGUGUUCCCCGUGAUGAUGACUAUGGUCAUUAUAUUUGUACGACAAAUGGAACUCGAGAGUGUAGAGAAGGUUGGUAUACAGAGCCUAACUGUACAGUCUAUUGUGUCCCAAAAAACGACGAUAUUAACGGACACUAUGAUUGCUCUUCUAAUGGAUCCCGUGUUUGCAUGCCCGGCUGGUACAAUGCGCCAAACUGUACAGAUCAUUGUGUUCCCCGUGAUGAUGACUAUGGUCAUUAUAUUUGUACGACAAAUGGAACUCGAGAGUGUAGAGAAGGUUGGUAUACAGAGCCUAAUUGUACAGUCUAUUGUGUCCCAAAAAACGACGAUAUUAACGGACACUAUCGUUGCUCUUCUAAUGGAUCACGUGCUUGCAUGCCCGGCUGGUACAAUCAACCAUACUGCAAUGUUUCAUGUGUUCCACAAGAUGACGAAAUCAGUGGACACUACAACUGCUCCAGAGAAGGCGAGCGUGUAUGCAAAGAAAACUGGUAUAUUCUUCCAAACUGCACAAAAUUUUGCAAACAAGAAUCUGGUCUGAUUGGAAACUACUAUUGUGCAACCGACGGCUCUCGAGUUUGCAAUAAAAACUGGUACAACCUUCCAAACUGUACCAAUUUCUGCAGGCCACGUAAUGAUUCUGGUGGCCAUUACACCUGUUCCACUAAUGGUACAAUAAUUUGUAAUCGAAAUUGGCACGGUCCAACUUGCGACAGGUAUUGCGAGAAUCAAAACGAUGACUUUGGGCACUAUACUUGUCACAGAAAUGGCUCACGCGUUUGCAACAAAAAUUGGUUCAAUCUUCCAAACUGCACAGUUUAUUGUGAUUCUCGUAAUGAUACGUAUGGUCAUUACUUCUGCGAUAGUAAUGGGGGACGUGUUUGUGCCAAAAACUGGUAUAUACAACCAAAUUGUACUCGUUACUGUGCUGAGAGUGACGUCUUGCAUUAUAACUGCACGAGUUUGGGGGAGAAAGUUUGUCACUCUGGUUGGUAUAACAAAGGGGAAGAAACAUGUUCAACAUUUUGCUGGCCACAGCAGAGUAACAGCUCCGGUCAUUAUAACUGUAGUUCUAGUGGCAAAAAAGUUUGUUUACAAGACUGGUAUGGUGAAAAUUGCACGGUGUAUUGUAAGCCUAGUGAUGAUGAUGCACGGGGCCACUUUGUGUGUCUAUCUUCUGGAGAAAAGAAGUGCAUGCUGAAUUAUUAUGGCAAAGAUUGUAAAGCUUUUUGCAUCGCUAAAGACGAUUUAGCAGGCCACUAUACAUGUAACUUGACAAGUGGAGAGAAACUAUGUAUGUCUUCUUGGUCGGGGAGGUAUUGCAAUGAGACAAGCUUAUCCAAGUCAAGUAGAAUAGGCGAUUUUCCUUCGACAGAGCUCACGAAAAUGUCGUCAAGUUCUUUUCCUCGCGUUUACACAGUAAUUGCUGCAAGUUAUGUCGACAUCUUGACUGCAACGCAAUAUACAUUACAAACUAGUUAUAGUCAAAGCUCUUCUUUAUUUGCUGAAGAUACCAGCACUGUCCAAUUCAUUCCUGUAACCAGCACUUUGAAGCUGAUGACUGUCCUUAGCCUUUCAACAAAGAGUUCUGCAAGAUUGACGUCAGGCAACAUUACUUCAGCUAGCACCCCAAUCACAUCCUCAACCAAAGGCUUUAAUACACACAUAUACCCAAGUACAACAGCUUUAUCAUCAAUCAUAAAAAGAGCCACCACUGAAACUGAAGUACCAAACAAAAAGACUACUGCCACUGCUCCUAAAAGUUCGAAUUACUUUGUAUCCCCAACCCCUAGCUCCGAAUUCUCACAGUCUACGUCUGUGAUUGUUUCACCGACUACGACUGCUGACGUAGCAAAAGGAAAGGGAUCCGACACCUUGGAAUGGUUAACAAAAUCGAAUGAAGGCAUAGCAGUGAUGUCUGGCAGUGGAGCAGUGCUCGUAAUUCUGAUUCUUCUCAUUGUCGCACUCUACUUCUAUGCAAGGCCUGUAAAAAGGCCCAACAGAGGAAAGUCUGGGCGAAUACAAAGCAUACCUUUCAUUAACUUAGAGACGGUGGACAAGAAGAAGCGAAAUUCGAUGACAGGAGAGGAAGCAAAUAAGCUAUGCGAUUUUGCUAGCAUCGAUGAUGUAUGUAUGGAUGAAAAGCAGCCAAUGAGCUUUAAAAACACCCUUUAUAAUGAACAACUGGCCUUGGCUCCAGCAGGAUCUCCUAGUUUUUCAACAGCAAGAGUUAUUGGAAUGACCAAGGGUGGUAAGAACAAGCAAAGCGUGACAAAGAUUUCAGUAAGAAGUGGCUCCUUGAGUGGAUAUCAAAACCCAAUUACAAACGAUGCCUACAGGGACAGCAACUUUUAAUACAGUGCUCACUAAAGAAGCUUGUAUAUAGCUAGCUUUUAAUUCUAGUUACUUGAUAUAUGAUGCAGUUUUAUGAUGCUUUUUGUAAUAAACAGAGGGUAUGUAUGAUAGAUUUUUAGGCAACGGGGAACCGCUCAAGGGGGCUUUGAAGUACCUGGAGAUGCUUGCUUAGAAAUGUUUCUACAAAAUAAUAACCUUUUGUCAUAGAUUAUUAUAGAUAACAAUAUCAAAUUAAACUACCAACCAAUAAAUUAAUAUUAUGAUAUGGUAAUUACUGAAAACAUGAAUUUAACGAUCAAUCUACAAACUAUCAUUCAAUUAUUGAAUAAAGGUUUUUCACAAAAUCUUUUGCAUCUUCAUUAUGACAUAAUGACGAAAACGUCAUGAGUAAUGGACAAAAACUACUACCCGACUUUUGACAUAUCAGGAUUAUUAAGGAGUCUCCGAAAUGCACAAGCAAAGUUACAAAUACAUAUCCUAUCCUAAAAGGCGUAGCUCGCGGGGAUGUCGUUGGUGUGAUGCCCCCAAAUUACAUCUAGGGGAAAUGUUAAGAUCUUGUUGGGGAGACGAGCAUGAUAAAGUUUUUUAAUAAGCGAGGCAACUGAACGUCUUGGAGUCAGAGAGCAUGCGCACGGAACGAAGUUAUUAUUACGCAUGCUCUCUGACUCCAGGACGGAGGGUUGCCUCACUCAUUUGAAGAUUUUCGCUCGCUCAUCCCCAACAAGAUCAGGAUUAUAUAAACUGUAAUUUCUUUAUUAGUUUCUUUAUUAACACCUUGCAAAAAUAACAUUUAAUAAAAUAUCUAAUAUUAGCUUAUUUUCUUUGUUUGACAUUCAGAAGUGAAAUUGUAAUUAAAAUCUAGCAGGUCUAGGUAAAUUUUUUAAAUUCUUUUCCAUGCAAUAAAACAGUGAUUUUUUCCAAUUUGUAUUUGAAUCAAAUAUAAUUUUAAUGGCGUAGAUAUUUUGGUUUUUUAUGCAAAAAACGUGUCAUCUUGUUUCAAGUUAUUUUUCUCUGUUAGUUUAUCGGAAAUUUCAAACCAGAGCCAAAUUCUAUCGUUGAUAUAGAUUUGUUUAACUAAAGUUCAUAUUGCGAUCCCUACCCCUAGCUUAUUUGCUACAGUUCCCUUCCCCCAGUUCUCGGCAAGAUCGAUUCUGUAUUUCGUCUAAAUUCUAUGGUUAGAGGAGAAAAGAUUAGGGGAGGGGUAAUAUCUUGGUAAUGUAUUUUUUGUGAUGUAAUCCUAUGAUCUUGAAACUGCCUUAUGAAGCCAAAAGUUUGUCAUGGGCUUUCCUUAUUUGCAAAAUUGCUAUUCUUUGUUGGUAAACGGGCCUUUUCUUACAUUAAGAAAGUCGUUGCCUAAAAUAUUUUGUUUUGAACCAUUUUAAGAAGGCAAGAUCCUUAAUAC